CAGAGGACAGUCUAUAGGAAAGGAAGGCGGCGGCGCGUUAGGGGGCCUCCGGGUAGGUGGGCCCAAGCCCUUUGCCUACCGCGUGAAGCACAAAAUCGUAACUGAAAAUAGAUCCAACUAGGGCUGCCCCAGCCCUCCUGGACCCCCUCUCAUCUGGUCUCACCCGCUUACCUAGCUUGGUCAGCCCCACAGUCUUCGGAAUCGGCGCCAUCGCCCGUCAACAGUGACCCGAAAGUGAAAGAUAGUCUGGUAUUUGACACCCUCCGAAGGGCGGAGUAGGACGGGGUGGGCGGCCAUCUUUGUUGGGGGCAGAAGCCUCCGAUUACGGAGCGCGAGAGAGUCCAUUACGGUCCCGGCGGCUGCCGGGCCAGGGAUGACGGCUCUGGGGACCGGGCGGAGCCGCGGCUGCCGCGGGCGUUGGGUAAUGAGGGAAGGUGGGAAUCGUUCGGUUCGUUCCGGACACGGCGUCUCAUGGCCCAGGCGUCUCGAGCUGGUGGCCUUCUGCCUCCGCUAGCUAACGUGCCACCGUUGGGGGCGCAGUCUCGGGGCGUUGGGGAGGAGCAGUGGCAGAAAAAGCGGGCGGGAGUUCUCCGCGGGGACGUUUGUGGCUGGCCCGAGUUGCCCGUUGCCGGGAGCAUCCCCUGCCUAGACCCACGACCCACCGUAGCUCCGGGAGGGCAGCCGUGGUGGGCAGCGCCAACGCGGGAGGACGCAGGAGAGCACAGCGAUGCUGGCGCCGCGGACUGGGGGCAGGAGCUGGCAGCUGGCGUCCCGAUCCCUCCUGCGCUGCAGCGUCGCCGGGCGGUGUUGCUGCGGCUGCACCGCGAGCGGGAACAGCUCCUCCAAGCCCGGGACUGCGCCCGCCACCUACAGGCUGCCGUGCGCCUCCUGAGGAUCCUGAGUCCCGGCGCUCCAUCCCCUGGCCCCGGUCGCUUGCCUCAGCUGUGCCGGGACGUGUUGCCGCACCCUUCUGGAGGGGCUGUCCUGAGAAGCAGCCUUCGGGAGACCCCCGCGUCGCAACUCCUGGCGCGCCUCGUCGGACUAGCAGCCCAGCGCCUGGAUGCUACCAUCGAGAUGCAGCUUCGGGCUCUGGGCCGGGCGCCUGCCAGCCGAGGCUUAUCGUCCCAACUCGCCGACCUGCUGCUGGCACUUCCCGCCUACCACCACCUGCAGGGAAAAGCCUUGAGCCACGUUCCCGGGGCAGCGCGCCCUUUCCCCCCCGCCCGUGUGCUCCGCCUCCUGACGGGGGAACGGGGUUGCCAGGUGGCAGGAUGGCUAGAUGAGGCGCUCAAGGGAUCUGGCUUGGAGGACCAGCUCCGGAGGCGGUGCCAUGAGGAGCGGGAGCUGCUGCCAGGUCUACUGGGCCUGAUGGGGGGCGUGGCAGGCUCAGCCAGCAGUGGACUGGGGCUUGGAGGGGCUGGAGCCCUGUGGAGCCAGUACUGGACUUUUCUGUGGGCAGCCUGUGCUCAGAGUCUGGACCUAUGUCUAGGACCCUGGAGGGACCCCAGGGCAGUGGCACAACAGCUGAGGCAGGCACUCGGUCGGGCAUCACUGCCUCAGGAGUGUGAGAAGGAGCUGGAUUCUUUGUGUGGCAACCUAAUUCAUCAGUCUCUUAUCUGGAGCUGGGAUCAAGGCUUCUGCCAGGCCUUGGGAUCUGCUAGUGGAAAUCAGAGCAGCCUUCCUUCAUCCUCUCAUACCACUGAACUUUUGCAAAAGCUCUUCCCUCCUCUCUUGGAUGCCCUUCGAGAACCCAGAUCUGGGCUGCCUCUCUACCAGCCUCCAGGUCCUGCACCCCUUGCCCUGGGGCUCUGUACCCUGCAGACCACUGUGCUCUGGUUUUGGGGCAGAGCUCAGCAGUAUCUGGCAGCAUGGACUCCAGGUUCCUUCCUGCUCCUGAUCCAGAAGGACUUACCACCUCUAUUGCAUGAGGCAGAAGCUUUGUCUAGCCUGGCCUCAGAGGAAAGCUUGGCCCUGGAGGUGGAGCAGCAGCUGGGCCUGGAGAUCCAGAAGCUGACUGCACAGAUCCAGCUCCUGCCUGAAGAGUCACUAAGUCUCUUUUUUCAAGAAUGUCGUAAACAAGCCUCACAGGAUUUUGAACUCCACAUGCCACGGGGUCGGUACUGGCGGCAUCGUCUCUGUCCUGAACUUCCCAGCAUUCCUAGUGAGUAUGCUGGGUUGGUGGUCCGCAGAGUACUGGAGCCGGUGCUGCAAGGAUUGCAAGGACUGCCACCUCAAGCCCAGGCCCCCGCCCUCAGCCAGGCGCUGACUGCCAUCCUGGGUGCCUGGCUUGACCACAUCCUCACCCAUGAGAUCCGGUUCAGCCUGCAGGGGGCACUGCAGCUCAGACAAGACUUUGGAGUUGUCCGGGCGUUGCUGGAGGAGGAGCAGUGGGGCCUGUCCCCAGAACUUCGUCAGACUCUGCUCAUGCUCAGCAUCUUCCAGCAGCUGGAUGGAGCCCUGCUGUGUCUGUUGCAGCAGCCUCUGCCCAAGACUCAAAUCCACAGGAGGCCUCUGUGUUGCUGUGCAUGUAAUGAGGUCCAGACCAUGGAAUUGCCCAGCAGCAGCCUCAACAGUCUGGAGAGCUUGGAGCCCCCUCUUCGGCCUGGAGCAACCCCAGCCCAGACACCUCAGCUGCUAAGCACACUGUGGGGAGGGGGACCCAGCCCUGAGGCUUACCUGGUAGGAAAUCAGCAGGCCUGGCUUGCCCUGAGGCAGCACCAGCAUCCCCGCUGGCACUUAUCUUUUCUUUCCUGCCUGGGGGCCAGUUCUGAAUCCUAAGGAGCCACAUCAGAAGCCAGAAAGUCAGAACUCCCAUCUCUGUCUGAAAAAGCCCAGACAUUUAGAAAUGCUUCUUAAAAAAAAGCCUAAUUGGCAGCUUGGAAGAAAGGAUACUUGAGAACCACAAGCUAUACAGAGCCUGGACUUAAAAAGCUAAGAAUCCAAGAUCACUCCAGUGCCUGGAAUUCAGAGUAAACAGCAUAACCACAGCUUGGGACCUAGCGGUCAGCACCCUUGAGUGGCUCAGGCUCAGAUCCCUAUCAGUGAAGACAUCUCAGAGUAGAUACUGGUCAUAGGGGGCUAGACGCUGGGAGAAAGUCUUUAGACUUGAAUCCCAGGGAAAGGGAAAGAGAAAAAGCAGUAGAAAGCAGGCAGCCUAGAUGCCACUUCCUCUUAAGUCCUAGGAGCCAGGUUAAACACAAGAGAGGCUGGGACACUACUACAAAGUUAAUUCAUCAAGAACCAUAGAGGUGGAAAAGGAAUUUCUAUACCUAAGUCAGUACCACAGGCUGUAUUGUAUUACCCUGUACUCCCCUCCCCAUUACUAUUUUUAAAAACAUUAAACAUUUAAGGACCUUCACAUGUAAGCUUUGGUUACCCAGCGUUCCACAUAUUUAAUCUUUAGUUACCUGAGUGGGGUUUACCCCCUGGUAGGUUUAUGAUCCCUGCCGUGGUAGUGCCCUUUCCUUGGAAGGCACCAGCCCUUGAAGACAAUGUUAAUCUAGGUCUGGCACAGCAGGGUACAGAGGAGAAAAGGCUGUAGAAGACAUGUUACUGGGGCCAGGUGCAAACAGGUUUGCGCUAUUUAUUGUCUUCACCGUGGUAUAAGAGUGCUAUUAAUGACAGGUAGUAGUUACUGCCCGAGUUCUUUGACCCUCCCCCGCGCGAAACCCUGUGCCUCCUCCUCUCGGCUGGAGAAUCUGCCCUCCACAGAGGGCGGGUCGGUGGAAGUCGGCCGCCCACCGCGUCUCGCAGUAGCGACACUUCCGCCCGCACGAGUCCUUCCGGAGCGGAGGUCACCAUGGCGGCGGCCUUGGCUCGGCUCGGACUGCGCGCUGUCAAGCAGGUUCGGGUUCAAUUCUGCCCCUUCGAGAAGAAUGUGGAGUCUACGAGGACCUUCCUGCAGGCGGUGAGCAGCGAGAAGGUCCGCUGCACCAACCUCAACUGCUCGGUGAUUGCGGACGUGAGGCACGACGGCUCCGAGCCCUGCGUGGACGUGCUGUUCGGAGAUGGGCAUCGCCUGAUUAUGCGCGGCGCUCACCUCACCGCCCAGGAGAUGCUCACUGCCUUCGCCUCCCACAUCCAGGCCAGGGGCGCGGCGGGGAGCGGGGACAAGCCCAGCGCCAGUACCGGGCGCUGACAGCGCGGAAGAGACCACCAACAAGCAGAUUUUAAUCUGAGACUGCUAAGGACAUUUAUCUAAGAAGAACUUAAUUACUCAAAUCACUAUCUGAAGGGCCGCGGAGCACCGAAAAAAUUAAGGCCUGUGACUACAAAUCCAACCAGUGUUUCUGGGUCGAGAGAAGAUGGGGAGGGGCCUGGACAAACUUGAAUUUAUUUUGCUUUCUUAGCUUUAUCACUGUGUAACCCUUUUGAGUUUGGCUUUUCCCACCACUGCUCAAGGCACCUCUUAUUUCCGUUGCUGUUUUCUCAGUCCUCGUCUUUCCAUCUUAGUAGCAGCUGCCACGCUAAUUCACUCCGUUGUGGAACUUCUUUUCCUCUCGGGUCCUUUUUCUUCUCUUAACCAUAAAAGUGUACUACUCUCUUUUUUCUCUUUAUUUUUAGAGCAUCUCAUCUUCUCUCAUAACCUCUUGGGUUAAACUGCAUUUCUGUUUGGCUCUAAUCUCAAAUUGCUCCUAAUUCCAGCAACAUGCUUGGUCCAAAAAGGAACUGAUAAUCUUACAUACUUUGUACUGUUGACCCUUGAACAACGGUGGUUUGAACUGCACAAGUCCUCUUAUAGGCCUGUUUUUACAAUAAACAUGCACUACAGUACUA